AUGGAGGGCAAGAAGAAGAUCACCUGUCCCCUUGUGUGUACUGUAUUUGUGGCUGUCAUUGGAUCCCUCCAGUAUGGGUACAACACCGGAGUCAUCAAUGCUCCUGAGGAGAUCAUCAAGAGCUUCUUUAAUGCCACAUGGAUUGAACGGAGAGGAACACCAAUGUCCAGCGAGCUUUUGACUUCACUGUGGUCUCUCUCUGUGGCAAUUUUCUCAAUAGGCGGGAUGAUCGGCUCUUUCUCUGUUGGACUUUUUGUCAACCGAUUUGGCAGGCGGAAUUCAAUGCUGAUGGUGAACGUCCUGGCCAUCGCGGGCGGUGCCCUGAUGGGCUUCUCCAAACUAGCCAAGGCACUGGAGAUGUUCAUUGCCGGCCGCUUCGUCAUUGGUGUCUUCUGUGGUCUCUGCACUGGCUUCGUGCCCAUGUACAUCAGCGAGGUCUCCCCCACUGCUCUGCGGGGGGCUUUUGGCACCAUGAACCAGCUGGGCGUCGUCGUUGGCAUCCUGGUGGCACAAGUCUUUGGCCUACGUGUCAUCAUGGGAACAGAAACUCUCUGGCCACUGUUGGUGGGAUUCACCGUUGUCUUCUCCGUCUUGCAGUGCGCAGCGUUGCCAUUCUGCCCCGAGAGUCCCCGCUUCUUGCUGAUCAACAAGAUGGAGGAGGAGAAGGCGCAAGCAGUUCUCCAAAAGCUCCGUGGUACUCAGGACGUGUCCGCAGAUAUUCAAGAGAUGAAAGAGGAAAGUGCCAAGAUGUCCCAAGAGAAGAAGGUGACGAUCUUCGAGCUCUUCCGUUCCCCCAGCUACCGCCAGGCUAUCAUCAUAGCUAUUGCGCUCCAGCUCUCCCAGCAGCUCUCGGGCAUCAAUGCGGUACGGGUUUACUAUUCUACUGGAAUCAAAGACGCUGGAGUCAAACAGCCCGUGUAUGCAACCAUUGGUGCCGGCGUGGUCAACACUGUCUUUUCCCUUCUGCAGCUCUUUCUGGUGGAGCGUGCGGGACGCAGGACGCUCCAUCUGGUUGGCUUGGGAGGCAUGGCGGUCUGUGCCGUCUUCAUGACUAUUGCCCAGGCGUUGAAGGACGUCGUAACCUGGAUGAGCUACAUCAGUAUUAUUGCCACUCUUGCCUUUGUGGCUCUCUUUGAAAUCGGCCCUGGCCCGAUCCCCUGGUUCAUCGUGUCCGAACUCUUCAGCCAGGGCCCUCGUCCUGCUGCUGUGGCCGUGGCCGGCUGCUCCAACUGGACAUCCAAUUUCCUGGUGGCCAUGCUCUUCCCCUAUGCAGCGAAAGGCUGUGGUCCUUAUGUUUUCAUCAUCUUCAUUGUCUUCCUGGUGUUUUUCUUCUUCUUCACCUUCUUUAAAGUCCCUGAGACAAAAGGCCGGACUUUUGAAGACAUCUCUAGUGGUUUUGAGAGGCGAGCAGCCAAUGGCGUCACGGCAACUGUGGAAAAAGCCCCGGCAGUGGAAAUGACAAAUAUAGAGCCCAUGAAAGAUGUUGCAGUGGAUAUGUAA